AUGUGUCGUCACUUUGGCCGACAGAUACACACACACACACAGAAGGCUUCCAUCGGGAAGCUGCACGCAGGGGGCCCCAUCGGGGAGCUGCACGCAGGGGGCCCCAUCGGGAAGCUGCACACAGGGGGCCCCAUCGGGGAGCUGCACGCAGGGGGCCCCAUCGGGAAGCUGCACACAGGGGGCCCCAUCGGGGAGCUGCACGCAGGGGGCCCCAUCGGGAAGCUGCACACAGGGGGCCCCAUCGGGGAGCUGCACGCAGGGGGCCCCAUCGGGAAGCUGCACACAGGGGGCCCCAUCGGGGAGCUGCACGCAGGGGGCCCCAUCGGGAAGCUGCACACAGGGGGCCCCAUCGGGGAGCUGCACGCAGGGGGCCCCAUCGGGAAGCUGCACGCAAGAGCUAUUCCCUAUCAGGGGGCUUCACGCGGCACCCGAGAGAAAUAA